UUAAGUAAAAAGGUAAAUCAUUCAAUUAAUUAAUUUUUACAAAAUCUCAGGAAUUAUAUAAUUACAUAAUGAAUAUACUAUAAAAUUCUUAACAUCAGUGCGAUUCUGCAAACAUACCUAUUUUCUUUCUAGUGACUGAUCAAUCGUAUAAUAACAGCAUAGGCUAGGCGAGAAAUUUUUUGCUACGGAUCUUACAGAAUCUGACUGCAGAUUUUUUAACUACAAAAUUUCCUUUCACAUUUUAACAUUAAAUUAUUAAACUUUCAGAUACUUGGCUACUGGAGACUCAAUGACAUCCAUUUCAUAUGCUUUCAGAGUAGGUAUACAAACAGUGUCUACAAUAAUUAAUGAGUGCUGUGAGGCGAUUUGGUUAUUGCUAAAAAAUGAAUAUUUACCAUUGCCUGACACAAAUGAUUGGAUCAAUAUAGCAGAUGGUUUUAAUGAGAAGUUGCAGAUGCCCAAUUGUUUAGGGGCUAUUGAUGGAAAGCAUGCUGUAAUUGAAGCACCUCCAAAUUCUGGCUCAACAUAUUUUAAUUACAAGCAUACACAUAGUUUAAUCCUAAUAGCAGUUUGUGAUUAUCGGUACAAAUUCCUUUUAGUAGACAUUGGGGCAGAAGGUAGACAAAGCGAUGGGGGAGUGUUCAGAAAUUCUGUAAUGGGCCAGAUGUUCUUCAGAAAACAAUUACAUUUUCCUUCAGAAAGAGCUCUUGAUAAGGAAUAUACUGUUCCUUUUUAUUUUGUGGGAGAUGAGGCUUUUCCUCUAUCUGAUAAUUUAAUGCGUCUAUACCCAGGACAUUUUCUUGAACAAGAGAAAAGAAUAUUUAAUUACAGGUUAAGUCGUGCAAGAAGAACAAUUGAAAACAGUUUUGGCAUAUUAUCUGCAGUAUGGAGAAUAUUUAGAAGACCAAUAUUAGCAUCUGUUGAUACCACUGAAAAAAUUAUCAAAGCUUCAAUUUGUCUUCAUAAUGUUUUGUUGAACGAUGACUUUGUCUUGUCUGAAAGCAGUGAGCCUCUACCAAGUGAAAAUUUUAAAACAAUUCCCAGAAUGGGUACCAACAACAGGAUACAAUCAGCUGCUAAUAUCAGGGAUCAAUUGGCAUUAUAUUUUAUGGGAAAUGGAGCUGUAGAUUUUCAGUGGGAUAAAUAGCUUCUAAAGCAGUAAUAUGCUAGACUUGAUUUUUUUGGAAUUUUUUAAUUUUCUUUGUGAAUACUUCUAAUAGGA